CGGCCUUAUCGAAGCCAUCAUCGUCCUGCCGAGUGCAACCCUUGCUGAUUUCGAUUGACGCACUUUCCUAGAUCAAUCUUUUGCAUUUCCAACGCCCUCGGCACCGGCAAAUUCAACUGGCCGACACGUGCGAAUUAUUUUGUCUAACAAACACAAUCCGUCGGGCGAAAUCUCGCUCUGGGGAUGAGUUGAGAGAUCCUGGAAAAAAUGUGGCCCCACAAAGCAGGAGACCCUGGAUUCAGGGCCAUGGGCAACGCCCCUAUGCCCAAUAUGCCCCAGCCAUGGGCCCUCAACCCAGCAGCUUAUCAAAACAUGACCAACGAGCAAGUCGAUUGGGCUCGUUUGGCACAGCAGUGGAUAAUGAUGAAGGACUCGAUGCCCAUGGCACCUCCUCCCCCUCAGCUUUCAAUACCACAACCUGCACCUCCAGGCUCGACAGUGCUGGAGGAAGAGGGCGGAGAGGCGCCCAUGGACAUCAGCAAGGAGGAGAACAAUGAUGUGGAAAUCUCACAUCCAGGAGGAGAAAACCAGUCUUGGAAUGGUAACAACUGGCAGCAGUGGAAUCGACCGGGAUACUGGUCGAAGCACGAGGGGCGCUUUCCGCACCCCGGUCAUGACUUCAACAGAGGUGAUUACUAUAAUUAUGGCGUAGCAGGGUUCAGUGGACCACCGACACAUGGGUUUGACGGGAUGCCGAAUGCACCCGGGGCGCACCACAUGGCCCCGUUUGUGCGGCCAAGACACCACUGGGAAGGGAAGAACAUGAAGAUUGACCGGAGGUUCCAAAAUGCGGCACACAAUAUUCCUCCCAUCGUUGAGGAGGAACCGUCGCCUGUGAUUGAUGCUGCAAAACGCCGCACUUUGCCAUCAUGGAUAAGGGAGGGUUUGGAGAAGAUGGAACGGGAGAAGCAGAAAAGAGAGGAGAGAGACAGGGCUGAUCAGGAAAGGGAGGAAGCCAAACGCAAAAGGCUGAUGGAAGAGCAAGCGGUGUUGGAACUGGAAGCCCAGAAGACUGGCAUUCCUUUGAAGAGCAAAUUUGAGUCAGACUCUGAUGAAGAGAGCAACAAUGAACAUGAAGAGCAAGAAGACGAGGUUGAAGAAAAAAAGCUAGUCGUGGUUGCGGAGCCAGCAGUGCGACCAAGGCGGCGCUUCCACGACGGACCCCUUGUGGAGGCUGAGAAAAAGCCCCUUUGGGGCGAGAAGCCUCUGAUCAGCCGCGAGGAACUGAUGCUGAGAGUGAGACGGACAAUGACCGAAGUGCUUCUAGACGUAACUAACUGUGAAAUUGAGUCAGUGGUAGAAGAGACUUUGCGAAAAGCCCUGAGCAAAGCUUCAGCAAAACAUCAGCCAGCAAAGAACAACGUGGCUUUAGCCUCAAGCAAAGCUAGCCUGGGUCUGGCAAUGUACGGCUCCGGCUCUGAUGGCUCCAGCUCCGAGUCUGACGACGACGACCGCCAAAGGGCUUUGAAGGGCAGGACGGCCAACCGAGGUCAAGGCUCAGACAGCGACUCUGAUGACAAUCUGAAGGAGACGAUUCGCAAGCGGCAGCAGGAUUUUGUUGUGAAGGAGCGGGAGAUUGAAGCUGCGGUUGCCGAGGUGGAAGAGAGGGAGCAGAGGGCUGCGUUGAAUAAUGUGAAAACAGGUGCAGAGUCGAAUGAGAGUGCAAAAGACUCCACUGACAAUGGCCAGUCAGCGAGACAGGUAGAGAGCAUUAAGGAGCAGUCACUCGCUGACGGGGCCAACGGGAAAACCAGUGCCAAGGCAGAGAAGACUGAACGCAAAAAGAGGUCUCGAUCAAGAUCAAGCUCCUCUUCGUCAUCCAGUAGCAGCAGCAGCUCAAGGGGUUCGCGCCACCGCAAGAGGCGAAAGGAAAAACGCACUCGAAAUCGAAGCCGGGAGAGGAAAAAAGAUCGGAAAAGACGGAGGAGUUCCUCCGGCAGCCGUAGGUCCAAAUCGCCGCGGCGGAGGAGCAAGUCUCCAAAACGGAGGAACUCCUCCAGGGAGAGGAAACGGAGGGGAAGUAGGGACAGGAGUAGGUCUGGCACCAGAAGGAGGCGCUCCCGCUCCUCCGAAAGCUACUACAAGACGUCCCGACGCCGGAGUCGAUCCAGGUCGGAAUCGUCUCGGCGGCGUCGGAGGCGCAGGAGCACCUCCAGUAGCUCUAGUUCCCCGGACAGGCGGAAUAGAAAGAGCAGGAGGUAGAGACUCCUAGACUCGUGCAGAUGCUCACUUUCUUGUUUACUUCUUAUUACCAUAAAUUUUGCCUUGAAGAGUUUAACUUUAAAGAGCAGAUUUAGUUUUCAUCAUAAACGAUAAACACCAAUUUUUGUGCUGUUUGGUUGUAAAUAAAAUAAUACACAGUCAUGUUUUUUUUAUGUA